GUUAUUUCCUUAAUUGUGUUCUUCCUUUAAUCUCAUCUUCUCCGAAUCGCAUCGUCAAUUUUUCAAAACUUUUUCGAUGAUGGAAAGACCAUCGUCACCUUCAUCUUCUGAUCUUCAUUGUGUUGGACGUUUGGAAAUCGUAAAGCCCGAACCUUUUGGUUUUCUCACUGAUAAAUCUCUACUUGCCGUCAAUUCUGCUCUCGUUCCCACAGCUCAAACGUUAAGCGCUCCACAGUACAGAGUCUUGCCAAAUGGAACUGACCUAAAUACUCCACCUAUUGCAGCUGCGUGCUCCAGGACAUCUGAAGGAGAUUCAUCAUGGGAGAAUAGUGCCAUGACAUCAAGUCUCACUAGGAAAGGGGAAGCUCUUGCUGUAUCUGGUUUGGCUGAGUAUGGAGAUGAGAUCGAUAUCAUAGCUCCAACUGAAAUCUUGAAACAAAUUUUCAAGAUACCAUAUUCUAAGGCUCGGCUGUCAAUUGAAGUGCGUCGUAUUGGACAGACUUUAGUUCUGAAUACAGGGUAUGUGUUAUGA